AGCAAAUCAAACCAAUUAUUUUCCCUUCCACUUUUGUUCUAACACUUGAAAACAUGUUGAAGCUAAAAUCUACAACAAACACUACUCCUCAAUCUCAAAACCCUAAUUCUCUCAACCCUAAUUGUGAUCAUCCACUCGAAGAUCCUCUCUACUUCGACAUCGCUAAUUAUCUCGUGUUCGAUGAAGAUUUUGGCUCAAACCACAAUAUUUCUUGUGAAAAAAGCCAAGGUGUUGUGGAUUGCUCAAAUGGAUCUUUCACUUCACCUCCAUUUGCCAAUAAUAUAAGGCCAAGGAGAGUAGUGGACAAGUACAAGGCACAUGAGGAUUGUAGAUUUGCAUUUAGAACAAAAACACAGCUUGAAGUAAUGGAUGAUGGGUAUAAGUGGAGGAAAUAUGGAAAGAAGAUGGUCAAGAACAGCCCCAAUCCCAGGAACUAUUUCAAGUGCUCAAGUGGAGGAUGCAAGGUGAAGAAAAGGGUAGAAAGGGAUUGUUUGGAUUCAAGUUAUGUGAUUACCACUUAUCAAGGAACACACAAUCAUGCCUCAUCUACCUAUUAUUGCACUUCCUCUGCAAUCUGAUUAACUCACACCACUGCUUAGACAGUCUUCAUGUGUAUAUAUAUAUUUGCAACAAAUAUUAAUUAAUACUUAUUUGGAUGUUAUUUGUAAUUUUUUUAGCUAUGAACAUCUUGCGAUAUAAUGGAGAGGUAUUAGAAUGAAUGAAA